ACCCUGCGUCUGUGACUCCUUGUUCUAGGAGACGCGAGGCCGCCCUGACAACAGAGCUCCCUACCCAUCCCCUCUCUGCCUUCAGCACGAGUCGGCAACCGUUAAAAAAGCACAAGCCUUUUGUUUUACUUAUAGCUGACCUUGCAGCCUCCCCCGGGGUUAAUUUCAUCCUGCUCUGUAUCCUUCACCAUGGCGGCGAGUGCGAAACGAAAACAGGAGGAGAAACACCUGAAGAUGCUGAGAGAAAUGACGAGUUUGCCUCCCAAUAGAAAGUGCUUUGACUGCGACCAACGCGGCCCAACCUAUGCCAACAUGACCGUGGGCUCCUUCGUGUGCACCUCCUGCUCUGGCAUCCUACGAGGACUGAAUCCACCUCACAGAGUCAAGUCCAUCUCCAUGACAACCUUCACGCAACAGGAAAUCGAGUUCCUUCAGAAACAUGGCAAUGAGGUAUGUAAACAGAUCUGGCUUGGUCUUUAUGAUGACAGAACCUCUUCAGUACCAGACUUUAGAGAACCACAGAAGGUCAAGGAGUUCCUUCAAGAAAAAUAUGAGAAGAAGAGGUGGUACGUGCCUCCCGAGCAAGCCAAGGUAGUGGCAUCAGUCCAUGCCUCCAUCUCUGGCUCCUCAAACAGCAGCACCAGCAGCACCCCAGAGGUUAGACCACUUAAAUCCCUCCUGGGGGAAUCGGCCCCCUCUCUACACCUCAACAAGAACACCCCACCAAAUCAGUCUCCUGUGGUGAGCCGUGGACAGACCCAUCAGCAGCAAUUCCAUGACAAGAAGUUUGACCUCCUCAGUGACUUGGGUGGAGACAUCUUCGCUGCUCCGCCCAACAUGAAUGCAGGGGCCAGCUCCAGUUUUGCUAACUUUGCACAUUUCAACAGCCACACAACGGCACAGAAUGCCAACGCGGAUGCAGACUUUGCUAAUUUUGAUGCAUUCGGGAGCACUUCUGGGUCGACAGGUGGUUUCCCCUCUGCACCCCAAGCCCCAUUUCAACCCUCAAAUACAGCGUUCACUGUGCUCUCAUCCAGCCGCAGUGUGGGUGAGUUUGCCACUGCUCUGCCUCUCCAGAGUGCACACAGUAGCGCCUCAGGGGGACUAGCAAAUGCCAAUUUUGCAAAUUUUGACAACUUCCCCAAAUCGUGUAGUGCUGACUUUGGAUCCACAGGAGCUGGCAGAGACGCUGUACAGAGUACUAGCGUUCCUGCUGAUAAAUACGCAGCCCUGGCUGACCUGGAUAACGUGUUUAGCUCUGCCAAAACAGAGCAAGGAGGUGGUAUUCCUGGUGGAGUGAGCUCAACCACAGCAGCAGCUGCAGGAGUGGGUGGUUUGCCUCAGAAGCAGCCACCAGUGCUGGCAGGGGGGGACCGCUAUGCUGCUCUAGCUGAGCUUGAUACCGUCUUCAGCUCCUCGGCCCCUGCCACCAGUGUUUACAACACCACCAGCACUUCACAGGGGGGUUUGUUUGGCCCAGAGACUGGGGUGUCAACAGCACAAGCACAGCAGGCCAUGCCUGGCAUGGCUCAGGGUUAUGGAGCAGCUCAGUCAACUAAUCCAUUUGUUGCUGCUGGUGUUGCCCCAGCAGCAGCUCCCACCAACCCAUUCCAAUGCAACGGCAGAGCAGCAAGUGUGGCGGCUGCUGCAGGCUUGAUGAGGGUUCUUCAUGGGCAGGGUUAUCCUCCUGUCCUUGCAUCAUUUGGCACAGGCUCCAUGAGUAUGCCAUCUGGAUUUGGGAAUUCUGCAGCCUACAACCUCCCCACCAGCUUUAGUGGAACAUUCCAACCACCCUUUCCUGGCCAGGCUCCCUUUCCUCAACCUCCUGCGUAUCCCCAGCAACCCAACGGUGGAGGGUUUCCAGCCUUUGGCCCAGCCAAGCCUGUUGUGACUCCUUUUGGACAGACAAUGGCAGGACCUAUGGUCUCUAGCAACCCUUUUCUGGGUGCGGGUCCAUCUGCACAGUAUCCGGCAGGAGGCUCUUCAACAAAUCCCUUCUUAUAGCGAUGCAUCUUGUCUGCUGCACUACAGGGUCAACAACUGGCGCGCUUGCACCUAUUGCACUGUUUUGUUUCACAAGUAGCUUUAAAAACACAAUGUUUGUAAGAAUUUGUAUUUUCUAUCGCAGUUUGUCACAAAUGGAACAAUAUGCGAGACGGUCAUGCUGCCACUGUCUAUGACUACAAAACAAAGUGAUGGUGUGUGCAGAGGGAGAGGUUGAUCCCCUCUUCUCUAUUUAACCUGUGAACUGGCCUGGCCUCUACUGAGCCACAAUGUAUAAUCAAACUGGCUGAAAACUAAGUUAUUGCGUACAGUAUAUCCCAUUCAUUAUGCUGCAAAUUGUACAUAUUGUUUUUCUUUUAGAAAAUUAGCUCUUUGUGCAUAUCAGUAUUUGUAUUUAACACACAAGAUUUGUUAAGACAGAACUGCUGCUUGGUAAAGCUAAUGGGUACUGCCAGUUACUGUAUUUGUAAAGAACCAAACUGUUUAUUUGUGCAGGAUCCUUUUAGGUAAACUGUUUUCACUGAAGAAAAAAAAUGCAUAUUCUGUUGUUGAGAGAUGGAAAAAAUGGAGUGAAUGCUGCACCAGGGAUGGGUAGGGGACUCAUUUCUCUGCCAUCCCCUGCCCUGCUGACAGGCCCAGGAUUCAACACUUUUGAACAACAGUCAACCACAUGUACAUGGGUAACAAUGGCUGAUGAACUGAAAACCACUUACAUUGGGUAUUAGAGAAUUUUAAGUUAAUGUGUAAAUAUAUACAGUAUAUAUAUUAAAAUGAAUUUUAAGUAAGAAGAAA